AUGAAAAGUUUAGAGAAUUAGUAUAAACAAGAAUAUCCAAAUUUGAUUGCAUGUUUUGUCAGAAAUACCUAUCAUUUACCAUUAAUUAAGGCUGAUUUGCAAGAUAAAAUAGAAGAAUAAUUUGAUCAAGUGAAAAUAGAAAAUGAAUUCACAAUUGAUACAAAUAUAUAAAUUGAAUAAGCAGAAAUCUUUAAAUGUUUCAAUCCUGAAGCUCUUAAUGAAGCAUUAUUUUAAAAUGCUACAAUCCUUAGAAAAUUUGGUAGAAUUAGAUGUUUGAUGUCUAGAGGUUAGUAUUUAGCAGUAGGGAGUAAUUUAGGAGCAGUACUUAAUUUUUAUAUUGGUGCUGAUCCUCCAAAUAAGUCAUAUAUUGAAAUGAAAAGUUAAUUGCUUUAUGCAGCAGAAAUAUGCUAAACAGAACAUGGUAGUGUAAACUAAUUAAGUUUUAAUUUGUCUCAAUCAUAACUUGCUGUUGGAUUUGAUAAUGGAGUUAUUGGAAUAUAUGAUAUAAUAAAUAUGAAGCAUUUGAAAUGGGUUAAGGUACAUCAAAUUAGAAUUGUUUCUUUGGGAUAUGUUAAUGAAAAUUCAUUUUUUUCAGGUGAUGAAUAAGGCAAUUGUUUUAUAACUAGAUGUGCUAAAGGAAGAAUAUUUUAUGAUUUGGAUUCCUAAUUUAUAAUAAAAUCAUAACCAAUGUCAAUCAUUAGGUCUAUUCCUAUAAAAUGUAAGUCAUUAUUCAAUUUUCCUGAAUAUACUAUUGUUGCAUUAGGUAAUGGAUAUAAAUGUUGGGUGUUAAGGAUUUAAGAUUCAAAUGUUACUUAAUUUACAAUAUUAGCAGAUUUCUAAAAUGAUGCUCCAGAAAAUAAUUAAUGUAUUCUUGAAUGGGACAUUCUUAAAAUUGAAGAUAAAGAUAGAUUAGUAUUAGGUAUAUCUUGGACUAAUUAAACAAAAUCUUUUUUAUUUUAAGGAACUGAAUAUGUGGAAGGUAAAAUAAGAGCAAAUUUUAAGUUAUGGAAAGAAUUAAAAAUGUCUGCAAAUGUAAUAUUUAAUUAAAUUAUUAGUUUAUAUAUAUGAAUUCAAUUUAUAAUGAUUUAGUAUUAUUAUUAACUGAAAAAGGAGCAGUAUAUACAAGCAAUUUCUCUAAUUAUAAGACAUAGAAAAUUAUGUAAAUGGAAUAAUUUGAACCUUUACCUCUUAUGUAUUGGAAAGAUAAUAAAUAUGAGAGUUAAUUUAAUGUAUGUAUUUCAAAUAAUGAAAUACUAUAAGAAAUAUAUAUUUUAACUAGCUAAAAUGUUACAGUAUUGAAAUAUUAUAAAUUUGAAGAUAAAAUUAGACAUUUUAUGGAAAAUUAAUAAUUUUUAUUGUGUUUUUAAUUGAUUUUAUGUAUACACAAAAAAGUAUUUAUGGAAUUUGAUAGAUAAAAGUUAAUAUUAUUUGCAUAAUAAAUUAUUGAUUUAUAUAGCAAAUAAAUAGCUAGAUUAUAAAUUAGUGGUAAAACAGAGGAAGCAAAGAAAAGAGGAAUAUCUUUGGUUAAAUUUAUAAUAGAUAUCGGAACUGAACAAUAUUUAAGUUCUAUAUGUGAUUUACUAUCAAAAACUUUGAAUGAUGAAUCUACUUUUUUUUUAAGUAUUGUUGAACCUUUUAUUAUUAAUAAAUAGUUCAAAUUCAUUCCUGAUGAAAUCCUUUUAAAGUUAAUUUCUCUUCUUAAAGGUCAAAAAGCAAAGAUUUUUCUGUUGCUUAAUUAAUUAGAUCUUAAUAGAGUGAAUUACUCUAUUUAUUUAUAAGCUUGUUUAGAAAGUUAAUUGUUUUCUCCUAUGAUUUAUUUGUGUACUAAUUCAGGUAAAAAUGAAUUUUUAACUCCAUUAUUUUAAAUAUGGAAUUACAGUAUGAAGUAAUCAUAAUUAGAGAAUUUUGAAGAAGAAAUCAUAAGUGUUAGAAAAGUGAUUUCAUUUAUAGAGUAUAUUUUGUUGGGCAAACUUUAUGAUGGUUAAUCAAUACCUAUUACUACUUUAAAGGUAAGAUAGUUGAAGAUUAAUUUAGAGUACUAUUGAAAUGAUGGUUGUAUGGAUUUUCGAAGAGAAUAAUCUAAGAAGAAUGAUAUGGGUUGACCCUUAUGGUGCAUUUUAUAUAUUGUAUUAAAUAAUGUCAACAACAAAAUUACAUUAAAUUGAAUUAGAUCAUUCUAAAUAAUUGUAAAUAUUUGAUAUUUAUUUUAGAAAUGUAAUUUAAAGUGUAUUAAAAAUGUUUAUAAAUCCUACUUAUCGUUGGAAAUUUUAAUAAUAAGAAUUUGAGAUUUAAUAAUAAUAUAAUGAUAUAAGAGGAUAUGAAAACUAUGAUAUUCAAACAGCUUAUUCAUUUUUUAUAAUAAAGGUUAUUUUUAUAUUGAAAUUGGAAGUAGAAUUUGAUAUAAUGAUGGACAUUCUACUUUUUUGUACAUUUAAUAAAUCAUUUCUCUUUUACAUAGAUUAUAGAUCAUAUGCAGAAGUGAUUGAAAAAAUUGAAUUAGGUUAAUUAGAAUAACAUUAAAGUCAUUCAGAAAUUAUUGAAUAUUUUUAAUAACGAUUAAUGCUUAAAUUUGUGCAUAUUUUAGUUAAUAAAAUAAAAACUACAAAACAUAAAGAAUAGAUAGAAAUGUUAAAUGGAUUUACAGAUCUAAAAUAAAUACCAUUAAUUUAAGCUUAUCUAUAUUAUUAUGUUGGAGAAUAUUAAACUCCUGUAUCAAUUUAUUUAAAAUCUAAUAAUAUUUUAGUUUAAAAAUAAGUAUUUAAAUAUUUACAUGAUACUUUAAUCUCUAUGGUAUUUAUUAUAUAUUAUUAUUAUAGCAUGGUAAAGAUACUUAUUCUAAACUUAAUUCAAUAAUUGUAUCUAAAUUAUAAGAUUUAAUAAAUUUAGAUAUACAAAAAACUAGAGAAUUAAUUUGUUAAUUUUAAAAAGAUAAUGAAUUAUAAAUUAUAGAUAAAUUAGGUUAGAAUAAGAAAUUAUAAUUAAAAUAUAUUGAAACAGUAAUUAAAAAAGAUAUUAAUUCAGAAUUUGGUUUAAGUAAUAUUUUAUUAACAAAACAUAUUGAAGUAACUUCAAUCUAUUAUUUUAAUAGCUUUUAUGUGAAUUAGAACCUGAAAGAGUAUUGUCAUAAUUGAAAAAAAUACAUUAUCCUUUAGAAGAAGUGUUGGAAAUUUGUAAGAAAUUUUAAAAUAUUGAAUCCACUGCCUAUGUAUAUUGUAGAUUAGGUUUUAUUGGAGAUGCAGUACAAUUAUAGAUUGUUCUAUUAAGAAAUAUGAUAUCAAAAGUAAUUGCUAAAUAAAAAAAUGUUGAUACAAUUGAAUAAAGAGAAUAUGAAGAAAUAGAGAACAAAAUGAAUGAAAUUUCAGAUAUAUGUCAAUAUCAUUCAGAUAAUCCUGAUAAAAGUUGGUAUUAUUUCAUAGAUAGUCUAAUCGAAUUAAAUACUCAAAUAUCAGAAAUUUAAUUAAAUAAAAUAUUAGUUAGAAAAAUUGGACAAUUAUUUGAAGUAUCUAUUCAUAACAAUAUAGGAUAUUUCUACUCAUACUCCAUUAGAUUUAUUUGCAUAACGAUUAGGUACUAGAUAUAGUAAUAUUAAUAUUAAGGAAUAUAAAGGAAACUUCAUUAAAUUAGUCAAUACUUUUUCUUAUCAACAUUACUUCAUUUAAAAUGCAAAAUUUAUAAUUUAAAGAUUUUUCAAUAUGGAAUCAUAAAAUUUUUUGAAGGCUCAUCUUGAAGGACAUUUUACAUUAAAUUAUUGUGACAUAUGCAAUGAAUAAAUUGAUAAUAAGGGGUAUAAAUAUUUAUGUGGUCAUUUUAUUCAUGUUGAAUGUAAACAAAAGGAUCAUUAAGCAUGUUCAAAAUGUUUAUAAUCUGAAAGAUUCUUUUUAGAACAUACAGUUUAAAAAUAAAAGUUAAAAAUUAGUAGAAUGAAAAAUGAUGAAUAAAUUAAAUAAAUAGAUACAAAAUAAUUAAGUAAUUAAAUUAUUUUAUUAAAUAGAUCCAACAAAUUAAAGAUAGAAAGAAGAUAAAACUGAAGUAAAAAUCAGUAAUUCAGGGAAACUUUUUCUCUUUGAUAUAGAAAGAGAAUAGAAAUAUGAUAUGAGAAUCGAAAAUGAUAUUAGUAAAUUAAUCAGAGCUAAUAUGUGA